AUGGGUGAGUGAUUUACUUAGGUUGCAAUUAGGACCACCUGGUUCAGAAUGUUUUCCAUUGGGGUAAUUAGGCCACCUGGAGAAUGUAGGAGCCCGGAGGGAGGAAAGAGGGAGAAAAGUAACGACCUAGUUAGGAACAUCUCAGGAGCCAGGAUAGCCUACAGGCGGGGGUGGAGAAGGAAGUCAGGGUUCCUGGAGUUAGAGAGAAGCCUGUCUAAAGUAUAGUCGAGCAAACCAGGAUGGCUUUAAUAUUCCUAUAGCUUGACUAAACUUCGGACAGGCUUUCUCUUUAUCUUGACUAAAUGAGGCAUCUUCUCAGCUAAUCUCUCUUCUGUGGGAAGAGAAGUAGUUUGUCUUCUGUGCAGUGGUCUUGUCAACUCCAAAGGCAAUUAGCUCUCCUACCACAUGUAUUCAUUCACUCAAACAAACAAAAACACUUAUUGUGCACCUGGUACCUAGGGAAGGGAUACAGUGUUGACUAAGGUGGAGUCUACUGAGGUAGACAGACAGAAACAGAUCUUUAUAAUGUACUGUUUAAGUAAAAAAGAGAGAGAGAGAAAUGGCUAGGAUGCUUUGAAAGCUUAGAGGAGAUAUACCUAAUCCAGCUUGGGCUUGGUCAGGGAAGACUUCCUGGAAGUGGUGGUGCUUGAGCUGAGACUUAGAGAGUAACCUGAUAAAACAUAAGGGAAGGUGAAGGACAUUCAAGACAAAGGGACAACAAAAGCAAAGGCAUAGAAGCUAGAAACUGCAUGUUUUGUAUGAAGAAACACAAGUAGUUCAGAAUUGCUAUAGAGCAUCAAAUAAGAGGCAGGGAGUGUAGAUGAGGUGGAGAAAUAUGAUUUUUGUCUUGGAUGCCUUUAACGGAUUUUAAGUAUGUGGAGAACAACAAGAAUGCAGACAAUGAUUGGUUCCGACUGGAGUCCAACAAGGAAGGGACUCGGUGGUUUGGAAAAUGCUGGUACAUCCAUGACCUCCUCAAAUAUGAGUUUGACAUCGAGUUUGAUAUUCCUAUCACAUAUCCCACUACUGCUCCAGAAAUUGCAAUCCCUGAACUGGAUGGAAAGACAGCAAAGAUGUACAGGGGUGGCAAAAUAUGCCUGACCGACCAUUUCAAGCCUUUGUGGGCCAGGAAUGUGCCCAAGUUUGGACUAGCUCAUCUCAUGGCUCUAGGGCUGGGCCCAUGGCUGGCGGUGGAAAUCCCGGAUCUGAUUCAGAAAGGCGUGAUCCAGCAUAAAGAGAAAUGCAAUCCAUGAAGUGUCAAGACAUUGGGGCAGGACAGAGGGACCUUUGAUAGGCUAGGUUCCUGUUUUACUGUGCAUCACUGGUCUUACUCACCUAACUUCUACCCCAGACCCAUUUCCACCCCUAGUUGUUACUAAGUAGCUGCAGCAGGUAUUGCUGCAAAAUAUACAUGGCUACUAAGUUUCUAACUGAGGCUGAAGAGGGAGAGGAAAAGACUUGGCCCUUAGAAAACCAAGAGGCAAUGUAUAACCCCUCUCCAGAUGGACCUAUGUGAGAUCCUGGAGGGAUGGGGGUAAAUCAAAGUGGGUACGUAGUACAACCUUUUUGGUUUGUAAAGACAACCCAUCAAUAAAAGCUGCUUCCUCCAGUGA